CGCUUUGAUUUUUUGACCCGCCUCAAACCCCACAUAUACAGACUGAACUGAUUCUUUUCAUCCCGUUCUCUUUUUUCUUUGAUCUCCAUCAACAAUCCAGCUACUUUAGCUGUUGUCUCACCAAUUGAAUAUAAAAGAUCAUUGACAAUCUGUCAAGAUGGUGAAUGUGACGUAUACGGAAACGUCGAGCGAUUUGCUUUAUUAUCAAGAUGAUGGGACUCCCGUUCUUUACAACCUGGGUGAUAUGGCCUGGGUCAUCGCUGCCAUGGCGCUCGUGUGGAUCAUGAUUCCCGGUGUUGGAUUCUUUUAUUCGGGUCUGUUGCGACGUAAAAACGCCUUGUCGAUGAUUUUCCUUUCCAUGGCAGGUGUGGCCGUCGGUUCUUUCCAAUGGUUCUUCUGGGGUUAUUCUCUUGCUUUCUCUGAAACCGGUUCAAAGUUCAUCGGAAAUCUCAAAUACUUCUGUCUUAAAGGCGUUCUCGCAGAACCUUCCAUCGGAUCCACUCGUAUUCCCGCUCUCCUCUUCUGCAUCUACCAAUGUAUGUUCGCCGUCAUCACCGGUGUCCUCGCCAUUGGUGGUUUCGCUGAACGAUCAAAAAUGGGACCUGUUCUCGUCUUCAUGUUUUGUUGGCUCACCUUGGUCUAUUGCCCUAUCGCCAACUGGACUUGGAACUCCAACGGGUGGGCAUUCAUCAUGGGAGGACUCGAUUUUGCCGGUGGAACUCCUGUCCAUAUCUCAUCCGGUACCGCCUCUCUGGCCAUUGCCAUUUACCUAGGCAAACGUCGUGGAUACGGGACUGAACGUCUUGCUUACAAACCCCACAACACGACAUACAUUGUCAUCGGAACCGUUUUCCUCUGGUUCGGAUGGUUCGGUUUCAACGGUGGUUCCGCUCUUUCCGCCAAUCUUCGUGCCGUCCAAGCUUGCAUUGUCACCAACCUUGCCGCUUCAGUCGCCGGUCUCACUUGGAUGCUCUGGGAUUGGCGUCUCGAACGUAAAUUCUCCGCCGUCGGUUUCUGCUCUGGAGCUAUCGCCGGACUUGUCGGUAUCACCCCCGCUGCAGGUUUCGUCGGUUCUCCAGCAGCCGUAGCUAUCGGUUUCCUCGCUGCUACCGGUGCGAACUUUGGUACCAAGCUCAAGUUCCUCAUCAACGUUGACGAAACCCUCGAUGUCUUCGCUUCCCACGGUAUCGGUGGGAUGAUUGGUUGUGUCUGCACCGGUCUCUUUGGUCAAGCUUCCGUCGCUGCGUUUGAUGGAAUCACGGUUAUUCCCGGUGGUUGGUUCGACCAUCACUACGUUCAACUGGGAUACCAAAUUGCCGAUGCGGUCUCUGGUUUCGCUUACUCUCUCGUUAUGACAACCAUCAUUCUCUGGAUCAUGCACUUUAUCCCUGGUCUUAGACUACGUGCUUCUGAAGAGGGAGAGAUUGUUGGUAUCGACGAAGCGUAUCUCGGCGAGUGGGCAUAUGACUACGUCGGUAUUGACCCGGAACUACGACUUCACCGUAUCGAGUCCAAACCUCAUCUUUCAUCUGGUGAUGUCCUCACUACCACUCCUCCGGACGAAGAGAAAGCCGUACCUGCAGAUGCCACCGGUAACGCUCUUGCGGGUGGUGGUCGAGUAGAUGUUUAAGCGAUGAGCAUGAUGAUAUGUAGAGGGUUUAUAGUGUUUCGCUCAUCUUGAUUUUAAUUUGCUUAUGAGUAAUAAUUUGUUCAUUACAUAUUCUUUGUCGUUAGACGUAGACUGAGAUGCACCGUGUCACGUAUAUUG